UUCCGUUGUGCGCUGCUGAGGGAGGAGGACAAGAUGCCUAAUUGUAUUGUGUUAGGCUGUCCGCACAAGUGUGGCAAAAAGGAUAAGUUUCCAGGAGUUAUAAUGCAUUCUUUCCCCCGAUCGUUGGAUCGAAUAAAGGCUUGGCUCCUCCAAACUGGUCAGAUGUUUGAAGACUUAGAUGGAUUGGCACAACGUAUCUACGAUGGGAAAAAAAACAGCGCUCACCGCCUUUGUUCAGCACAUUUUACAGUAGACUGUUAUAUAGUGAAUACAUUCAACAAAGUUCUUCGACCCGAAGCCCUCCCAACCAUUUUCCCUCCGCCUGGGUUCUAUCAUGGCCGAAAGCGGGCACGGAAGCAAAGAAAAACCAAGGAUUCAGGUCAACUUUCCAGCUCGCUGCAUCACUUGCUCUGGCAGAAAUCGUCUGGAGGAGAAGCCUGGACUGAAAGAGAGUAUUUUUUUCAGGGUGCAGAAACCCAGACUGACCGGUCUUGUUUUGAUGCAAGAGAUCGUCCCCGAUAUGACAGAUCUGUAUCGGACAAAGGACUCCAGCAGCUUCUUCGUGAGCGUCCUCGCCUCUUUGAGCACUCCAUGCCAGAUGCUCCUCAGUCUCUACUUGCUGGACUUAAAGAAGAGCAGGUCCAAUACCCGUGUGCUGAACGUGAAUAUGAGUUCCCGCCUGAACCACAGGAGAAUCCGAGAUUGCUGACAGCUAUAAAAACUGAAAAUGUUGACGAUCACCCUAUAAACGAACAUGAGGAGGCUAUUCAUCGCAUUGUAAUUGACUCCCCCAUGGAAGAAGUGAGCCAUCUAAUGUUCCCUGGCUUGGAAGACAAAAUAAACUCCAGAUGUCUUCUUGAGGCUGAAGAGAUGCCGAAAUGUGUUGUGAAGGGCUGUCCGCAUUUCAGUGGGAGGAAGAAGAGCACCCCUGGAGUGACUCUACACAUGUUUCCCAAGGACCUGACCACUAUUAAGAAAUGGCUUCUGCAGACUAAGCAGGACUUUGGUGACCUUGAUUUGUUUGCACUGGGGAUCCUGCAAGGAACAACGGGUAUUCUCCGGAUUUGCUCUGCCCAUUUUGCCCCAGAAUGCUACACUUUAGUUGGGUCACAAAAAGUUCUUUUGGAGGGCGCUAUUCCAACAAUAUUUCCUGAGAGGGAUAAACCACCUAAGAGAAAGAAGGCUUUGGUUACUCCUGUAUGCCCAAACCUUUACAUGCCUAGAAGUGUGGCGGCAAACGGUGCGUCUAUGGUAUUGAAUAUCGCUCCAUGGGGAGUUAACCAAUUAGUAAUCCCUGUCAUGAAAAUUAAUCAGGACAAUAAUAUGGUCACCAAUGAUUGUGGGGUAAAGUCUGACAUGUCAGCAGCAGAUUAUAAGCCAGAAGUUUGGCACAGUGACCCGAGAACUCAACCAACAGAUGUUGGAAAUUGCCUCCGUCCCAUGGAUUUACCAGACGUGACACUGCAUGAACAGCGGAGUACUAUCACUGAGACCAGCCCGAUGCUCCCUGAAUGGUCAUCUGAAAAGGAACACAAAGCUGACCAGUGGCCAGUGUAUGAGAACAAUGUGAAUGACGAAUCCUGGAAAGUUAUGCACGACCAUUUCUACAGAGCAACAUAUAGUGACAAGUAUGAGGACCCGGAGCGAUGCUCGCCGACAACAGAGUAUAUAGGAAGUGAUGGUCUUGGGAGGUAUUUUGAAGACACUCAUUCAGAGAGUGAACUGUUCUCAAUGUUGCAGAAUGUGGCCCACAUCUUCACAAUGAAUAAAAAUAAGAACCUAAGGUCGAAAAGGAUCUUAAACCAAGCCUUGGAGAUCAUCUCCCUGAUAGCUGGAGAGGAAUGGGUCAUUGUGAACAAGAACUCUAUCCAUCAAGGCGUGCACCAGCUGACCGGAGAGUUUCCCGUGAAGUGUGGCGACGUGGCCGUCUACUUCACAGUAGAUGAAUGGAGCUAUAUAGACCAGCACAAGGAAGACUACGCAGACUUUGUUACAGAUAAUAUCCCAAUAAAUCGCACGUGGGAAGUCCCAAAAUACUGGGAUUCUGAUCCCAUGACUGAGGAUGAUGAAGACAACGACGACAACGACGACGAUGAUGAUGAUGAUGAUGAUAUAGAGGAUUUCCCAAAAGAAGAAACCUCCUCAGACUGGGAACCAGACAGCGAAUGUGGCAGCGAAUCUGAGAAAGAAAUAGAUGAAGAACCCAGCAAGAGCCCUGAGAGACCAUACAAGUGUGAGAAGUGUGAAGAGGCUUUCCUGGAUACAGAGGCUCUGGAGACGCACAAAAUAACACACGUGGAGACGUGCGAGGACUGUGAGGAGCAGUUCAGCUCUAAAGCAGAACUCAUCAAACACCGGGCCGAGAACCACGCUGUCAAGCGCUACGCCUGCACCAUCUGUGGGAUCCAGUACGACUACAAGUCUCAGUUCGUCAUACACCAGAGGGCGCACACCGGGGAAAAGCCCUUUGAGUGUGAAGAGUGCGGGGCGAAGUUUGGCCACAAAAGCAGUUUGCUGGUUCACGAAAGGAGACACACAGAAGGAAAAACGUUUGAGUGCAGCAAAUGCGAUAAACGGUUCGACAAAAGAUGCGAAAUGAUCAAGCACGAGAAGAUCCACACCAAGAAAAAGCAGUACAAGUGCCAGAAAUGUGGGAAGACGUUCGUCCAUAAAGCGCGUUACGACAAACACAAGUCAAGCGACAAAGACUGCGAGUUGGCCAGCUGUGACGAAAUCUACUACAGAAAAAAGUACAAGUGCCGGAAAUGUGAGAAAAGGUUUGUACUGAAAUGGGCUUACGAGAAGCACAAAUGGACUCAUGAUGGCGAAGACUGAAGACGUUUCACAUCUUUUUGAACAGAGACUUGAGUUUUUGGAUUUUGUUUAUUUUUGUUCUAUUUUGUUUUUCUAGGCUAUGUCUGGGAGAGAUGUGUGAGUAAGAGUUGUUUGUUGUUGUACCACAUCAUUUCCAUCAGGUUGUCUUGUCAUGUGGAAGUUCUGCUUCCUUCUAGCUUCUCAGAACUGAUGUAACCUGGUCAUCUGGUUGAUGGACUAAUGACCUGGUUGUCGGCGCCAAGUACAUUCCAGUCUAUAGUUCAUUAAAAGCAAUAGUUACAUCCAUCAAGUUAUUUAGAAAAGAAGGAAAUGUCCACUGCGUUGAUUUGAGCCCCCCUUUGGCUGGUACCUGAGGGGUUGUCCAAACAGAACAGUCCCUUUUUUGGGGUGGGGCAUUUAAGUUCAGAGGUCUUCAUAGACGUGCCAAUAAUUUGAAUGAUGGAACCAAACCAUCGACACCUCUGUGAACACCAAUGAUUUGUGAUCUGUCCAUUUUUUUUGUUCUUAGCCAAGUCCACCAGAUUAUUGCCACUGCUGUGGCCCCUUUAAGAGAUUUCUCAGGCCUGCUCAGGAACGAUCCUUGGUCAGUAUUACUACCGUUGUAGUGCCUAAUGAUAACAUGGGGUGACGGAGUUGUGCCCUCUGUACAGACGCUUGCCAGCAUGGGAAGGGUAUCCCCGCAAUUAAAGGGGUUGUCUGGGUUCAGAGCUGGACCUGGACAUAUCUCCUCCUUCACCUAGCCAGCCCCUCAGAGAUUAGCAUUUCAUGCUCUGAUGCUCUCCCUUGUCCUGCACUGAAUCGCACAGGGCAAGGGCUUUUUCUGCAGAUCCAGUGACUACCUAGCAGUGUUCCGGGUGACGUCACCGGCACUAAUGGAACGAC